CUUUUUAAUAUUUCAAUGUUCAAAAUGGCGACGUCCUAUCUAUUUCGUGCGGUCACCUUUAAUACCAAACAAGCAUAUAGGAUAUUCGCUAAAGGCAUGAUAUGCUCUUGCUAAGAUUGCAAUUUGAUUAAUUUAUUUAAAUUACCAAUUAAAAAAAUAAUUUGGGACCUGUUAAUGAAACUGUACACUGUAACUGUAGGCGGGGGUAUCAACUCAUGUCAUUCUCAACGAUCGGUCUCUCAGCAAAAGAAUGAAAUAGUGAAACGAGGUAUGUGGAAGCUUGAAAUAAGGUAACAGGACAAAAAACAAGGACGUUUCGGCAUAAAGCCUUCAUCAGCCAACAAUAGAAAUGAAAAUACAACAAAGAAAAGAACACAGUAGAAAACUCAAGCAGUAUUCAUUGGUCUCUCUUUGGCUUCCUGUUUUCCCACUUCCGGAGAGACGAAUGAAUACUGCUUGAGUUUUCUACUGUGUUCUUUUCUUUGUUGUAUUUUCAUUUCUAUUGUUGGCUGAUGAAGGCUUUAUGCCGAAACGUCCUUGUAUUUUCUUUGUUGUAUUUUCAUUUCUAUUGUUGGCUGAUGAAGGCUUUAUGCCGAAACGUCCUUGUUUUUUGUCCUGUUACCUUAUUUCAAGCUUCCACAUACCUCGUUUCACUAUUUCAUUCUUUUACAUAGCUUGAAAGCAGUCCCUUCAUUUAUUCGGUCUCUCAGCAGUGGCAGUUGUCGUUAUUGUCAGUCAGAUAACAGUCAGGGACCUGUCACUGAAAAUGAGGAGUAGGUACUUCUGCUUCAGUAAAACCCAAUAAAAAAAAAAAAUAAAAAAAUAAACGGUAAAUAAAAUUUCUAUACUUUAGUCGUACUUUCUGAGACUAUAAAAUGUGUUAAUUCAUUUCGGAAUAUCUGUGUUUCAAAUGGCUGCCAUCUUGACUUGUUUGCCACAACCCAUGAAAGGUCACGGGUGAGGGCAACCAAAGUGGUGGCCAUGUAAAAACAACACACAUCUGCUAAAACUAAAAUGAGGAGGGGAAUGGAGAGAAUGUGCUGGAUUAGUUAGCCAUUUAAAAGAGAGAAUGUGCUGGUUUAGUUAGCUAUUUAAACGAAAAUAGGAAAAAAAAAGUUAAAAUUUAAAUGAUGUUCAAUAUCAAUUAUGGGGCAAGGAAAGCUACUUUAUUGUUUCCAUUUAGAUAUUUUGCAAGAAAUGUCAACGACAUGCGGUUACUCCCUUCCCUAGUGUACCUGCCCAACUAAAACAUGUGUGCGGCUACAGUUAGGCUACACACUGAGGUCAAGAAAAAUGUAAAAACAAUUUAAAAUAAUGAAAAACCAACUUACUUACAGUAUUCAUAAAAUACACACUUUUACAGGUUCCAUCAAAAACAAAAUCCAAAAGUUGUCAGAAAAUCAUUAAAAUACAAUAUUCCGAUUUUCCGAAAUGCUGGAAAAUUUAAAUUUUAAAAUUUAACCAACUUAUGGAAUUUUAAUUUAAAACAUUCCAUUGUCGUAUUAAAGAAAAGUUAACUCUUGUAACAACACAAAGGGGAGUGAAACCAACACAGAAGUUUAGCAUAAGCAUAUAAAUGAUGUCAUGGCAGGAUUGCCUAUUGUAGUUGAAAUUUUAAAGUGUGUUUGUUUAUUUGUUAUAGUUUGUAAUUUUUUUUACUAUGAGGGGCCGUCCAUAAAGUACGUCACGCUAUUUUGUCCAUUUUUACCCCCCCCCCAUGUACGUCACACUUUCUGAAAAAAUAAAUAAAUAAAUAACACCUAAUUGAAAUUUAAUCUAAAACACAUUUCACUAUUAAACUGUAUUAAAAUAUAAAAUGUCCACUUAAUUUCCUCUAUCACAUUAUUAAAAAUGGCUUUAAUAGUAGAAUAGUUAAUUGUCACCAGUUGUCACAGUUAUUCAUUGAAGCAAUAACUAGAUCUGGACUCAAUCUAGAUUGAAUUUGAACACAAAAAUUUCAAAAAUUAGACUAGACAAUUAUAUAAAACACAUCAUUUAUUUGCUGCUUUUUCAUUUACAAUAGGUGAGGUCAAGUUUUAGAUAAUCUUCCGAUCAUGCAAUCUUUUUACACAGGUUAAGAAGUAUAUUAGAGAAACUUGAUCUCAUCAAAUGAUUAAAUAAUAAAAAGGACAGUGACAGAAUUAUGCAGCGGACAACAUAGAAAUAAUAAUACUUCAGGAAAGAUGAAAGCAAGGCUAUACAUAAAACAAGGCUUUGCAAAAGCAUACUAGCGCUCCUAGCGAGAAGAAUCGUGAACAACAUAUUCAGUAGAUACUCAUUUCGUGCUAUUUUGACAUAAAACUAAUUCAAGUGAUACACAAAAUUUUUGACAAUUUUUUUAAAGCUAUUAAAUUCCACUAAAAAAAUAAACAAUACAUUUUUUUAAAAAAUGUGACGUCACACAUGGCCUGACCCCCCUCACCCCCCCCCUGUCACAAACUAUCACACUUUCUUACACCCCCUCCCCCCUCUGGAAAGUGACAUACUUUAUGGACGGCCCCUAAUAUCAAUGUAGGUCAAUCAAUAUCAUGCAAUUAUAACUAAAUUGUAACUUAUCUAGCUAUGUCAUAUAAUAAUAAUAUGCAUUAUUUGUAAAUUUAAUAAAUAGGAUAUGGAUGUUCUGUUGUCCAAGUCUAAGGCGUCCAUUAUAUAAUAUAUAUUUAUUGUCAAUGUAAAUGUAAGGCAAGUCGUUCUCCUAAAAAUAAUAUUGUUUGGGACUACUUAUUUUGAUCAUUCAACUUUGCACAUGCGUAAUUAAUUAAAAGUUUCCCUGACCAAUGAUUUGAUAGUGUUGCACACUGCAAUAUCUUAUGAAUGAAACUAUGAGAAUAAUGCAUGACAAUGGCACUGACGGCUUAUUAUGAUAAUUUAUAAUAUGAACUCUACCAUGCUUUUAAACUUCAAAUUAAAAUAUUCAGUUUAAAUGCCUUCUAAGUUCACUCUAAAACACAAUUUAUCAAAUAUAUUUUGAUGUAAAUAGUGGUAAUAAUUGAAUAUUUCUAAAGUAUCAUCAUCUUCCACCAUUAAAAAGAUGGUGUUCACAUCCAAGUGAAGUUGGGCAGAGCAACAAAUGCCUACAUUUUUUACUGCUCAAACAUAAAACACAAAGAAAUAUGAAAAUUUUCACACAUGUUGAUCAAUAGAUACCUGAGGGCUAUAAUAAAAAUGAAAUGGGUAAAUAUUAAUCUUCAACUUAAUCUUAAUGAUAAGAGUCCCUUAUUAUCCAAGGAUUUUUUAAAAAGAUACCUGAUAGUAAAUGAAAAAGAAAUGAUGGAAACAAAACACAAUUUUGAUACAAAAUAAUUUUUUAAUGAAUGAAAUAGCACCAUCAAAAAUAAUUUAAAAUUUGGAUUUUCUUGUGCCAACGCCCAUUUCCUAUACAAAGCUUUUAGUAGUCUCCCUUGCUUUACCUGAGUGCCUACACUGAAUCAAACAACUCAAGUCUCCUCAGUAUGAGUUGUGAGUUGAGCCUGGCGUAGGUCAAAUUAUUUUUACAUUAAAAUACAAAGAACAAAUUAUAUAACUAAGACUGGCUUUGGGUAGUCUCCUCAGCAUAAUACACAAUGGAUAGAUUCAUGGUAAAAUAUUCCUCAAAUUGACCCAUACCAAAGCAUUAUUCACAAUGAAUGUAGAUCAGCUUUAUUAAUAAAUUAUUGAAUCUCUCAGAUAUGCACCUAACUAAUGUCAAUGUGGCAAGAUCUGCCAAUGACCCUGUCGUCAUUACCUCACACAACAUAGUCUCAGUUGCAGAUUUUUACAAACUGUGCACAUCAAAUUUAAGACAGAGUUUUUUUAAAGAUAUUUUAAGAUGACUUGUAAUCUGAUGACAAUAUGUUAUGAAUGGGGUGUUGUCAGUGCAAGGGCAGAAAUAGGAAGUGUUGUAUAAAAUUUAAUGUUCAUAGUCAUAAUUGUGCCCUGGGAAACCCAAUUUGUUUUUUUAAUAAAUACUAGACCUAACUUAAAACUUUUGAUUGACCCUACCAACUUAAAAAAAAAUGUAGACGUCUUAUUUUUACUUCAUAAGCUUCCCCCUUACUGCCUCAGGCUUGUAUUUUGUAUACUGGAUUAGGUUAUGUAUUGUAGGCCAGGUGUGUCAAACUCAGGGUCUCUCCAGGGCCAUAUAGGUCACAUUUGUGUUGUCAUGAGGGCCACACAACUAAUUUAAGUAAUUUAAUAAAAAUUAUUGCAGAAAAUUCCAGUGAUGUCAACAUUUAUCUAGUUUAAAUUAUAACAACUGAAAUUUUGUCAAUUAAAUGAACAAAUUACAGUAUCCUUUGUGCAGGCCACACACAUGCUGGCAAAGACAGCAUGAUCUCCAAAGGGCUGCAUGUUUGAGAUGUCUGUUGUAGGCUACACUCCUCAAAAGUAUUUGUCUUUCAAGGACAAUAAACUUUAUUGAAAAAAUUUUUAGGCCAAGCAUAUUGCAGCCUAAACCUCUUAAUCUUAUUUAGCCACAGGCUAUAUUUAAUUUUUUGAUGAUGAAGCCUAAGUCAAACACUACUUUAUUUCUAUUCAUGGCUUCAAAAUAAUGUUAUGCCUACUAGAAAAAGUCCAGUGAACCUAUUCAGGUGAGUUAAUGCUCAGCACCAUAAUCCAUGUUGACCAUAACAUUUCUUUCAUGUUCUCAUGAACACUAGAGAAUAGGGUUAAGUCUAGCAGGAAAAGAUUUUUAUAAUUUCCGCUAAGACAAAAGAUGGCAACCAAUGAAGGUUUUGGUAUUAAAAAGCAGUCCUUAUCUAAAUGAUAAAUUGGGCUCUUUGGACUAGUUAUUCUAAAUCUUUCUUAUUUUUCUUAAACAGAAAUUUGCUGCAAUCAAAUAGUAUCUACAAUGACAGCAUCAACUCAAGGCUUUAGUUUAAUAUUCUCUCGCACAUAUACUAGUUUUGUUAAAACAGGUAAGCUGCAUAACCACAAACUUCUUGUUAUAAUUUUUUUUUUAAGGCUUAAUAUGUUGGCUUCUUCAUUUUAUAUCAACAGAUGAAACUAAUGAGAACUGAGCAGUUUGUUGAUUCUAUAAUUUCCAGUUUCAUAUUCCAUCUUGGCUUUGCUUUAAAUAGAGUGAAUUUUUUUAUUAUUCUAUAUGUGAUACUUAUCUGUAACUGUUUUUUAUGAAUUACUAUCACAUAAGAUGUACCAACAUUAAUAGCUUGACCUGUAGAACCUAGCAAUUAUUUUCAUUAACUCAUUCAUGAGCUUUAACUUAUUGCAUUAAAAAAAGUAAAUGUUAUUGCCAUUAUUUCAGUGACUGCUGAUCAGUUAUGGCUUGGUGUUACUAGUGUAAGUAAUGCUGGUAGGAAACGAGGUCGAGCUCGGAGUUUGAAGAAAAGAAUUGAUCUCAACAGAGGUCAAAGAAUGGGAUUUGGCAAGUAAAAUUGUUUUACCCAUACACAAACCUUCAUCUACUGAGUGUACUGAGAGGCCUCAUUUAAGAGGCCUUCACCUCAGAUACAUGUCAAAGUUGCACUUAGGAAUGUGUACUUUAGAAAUAUAUAGUGCUCUCUUAAAAACUUUCAUGUUAGAAAAAUUGCUGAGCUUAAAAAAUAAAUCUUUGGAUUAAUAAUAUAUCAAAAUUAUUUUAACUUAAAUGUGAUAUUUGAAAUUGACCCUUCUCAUCAAGAUUAUCAUAUCUGUUGCAAUCAUUGCUGCUAAAAAGCUCCUAAUUUUAAACAGAUGCCAUUUAAAAAAAAAAUGUGUUGAAAGUUUAAUAAAUAAAGAAACCUUAUUCCAGGUUAUGACAAGUUAGUGUGUAGAAAUAAAUUGGUAAAUGAUAUCUAGUACGUAAUAUGUAUCAUGCAUAGCAAAAUUAUAUUUUAAAUCAGUUAUUUCUUACAAUUUUUUUAAUCUAAAGGUAAGACUAGAAUGGUCUUCCCAGGACUGACUGGGCCUCCAUUAGCAGGGAAGAAAUUUUUAGAGAUUCAUAAAUCCAAGGAACAGGAAGAAGAACCGCGUCCAAUAGAGAGGCCAAGAAGGAAGUUUCUUAAAGUGCCACCACUUCUGGUAACUGUUUUAUUCCCCCCCUCCCCAAUUUUAGUAAAAUAGUCAAACGGUACAUAACCUAAAAGACUAUUUUACUGAAAUGUUAACGGUAAAUAACAUUAAAUUAAUUAACCUUGGUAUGUGAGCUUCAACUUCAAGAUAUUUUAAGUUAAAUGUUGUUCUAUACCUUGCUAAUUUUAACGUUUAUUUCUUAAUAAUUAAAAAAAAAAUAUUUUGAAGGGAUAUGUGCCCAUUAGUUUAAGCUUAUAAGAAGGUUGACAGUUGUAAGUUAGGUUGGAGUGCCACCCAUGUUGAUACAUUUAUAGUGCACUGUUUUUUUCUAUGUCAGAACAACACUUUAAUUAUAUAAACCAUGAGUACUGAGGUAAAGUUAGUGAAAUUUUCAAUCAAUGAAAUUUAACAGAAUGACAAUGUCGACAAAAAGGUGUGUAAAAAAUUGAACAAAAUAAAAGUAAUAUUUUCUGUAUUUAAAUUUUGCCACAUAUCUAUAAAUUCAGUAAACCUGAAAAAUUGAUUUACCAUGCAAUCUUAUUUCAGCGUGGAUACAGUGGCAGGAAAUUCCCUGGAACCAGUGUUGGCCCCCCAGAUCCCAUUAAUGAUUGUGAGUUUUGUACAUGAAAUGAUCAUAUUAUGAUCUAAUGCAGGCCUGCACAACUCAAAAUUUAAGGCGGGCCGUAAUGCUUUAUGAAAAAUUUGUGUGGGCCGAAAAAAAAAAUAGGACAGGGGAGAAAGCUAUUAAGAAAACAAUGUCUAAAAAGGAAUAUUUGGUUACUUCAUGGGCCGCAAAGUGGGUGCUGGCGGGCCACAUGCGGCUUGCAGGCUGCAUGUUGUGCAGGCCUGAUCUAAUGAAAUGAUCAGGCUGUGUUUUAAACAAAGUGAUCAAAAGCUGUCCCAAAAAUAUUUGCAUUGCAGCUUUAAGGAUCUUUCUUUAUUUCUUAAUUAUUAGCUGCUGGAUUUUUGUUAGUGUUAAACUAUCUGGAACAAUUAAAUAAUUUGACAGGAAAUGAGGAUGCAAAUCUUCAAAACCAGUAAUCCUUAAUUUUGAUAGCAGUUCAAAAAAUAAAUUAUAGCCAAAUAAAAAUACAAAUAACACAAGUACAAGUUUUAUAACAACUUAUUAGUUAGAAUUGAUUGUCAACAGAAUAUAAUAAAUCAAAGCAGGUAAUGAUACUGUUUUAGAAUGAGGGUUGCACUCAAUGCACAGAUUACCCAUUAAUUGGCCGCCGAAUAAUAAUUUUGUAGAAUAUAGCUUUUAGAUGCCAAUAAGAGGGGCCUAAGUAUAAAUUGUGGUAAGGCCUAAUUUAUUGCACUGUUUUAUCAAGUUUAUAAUAUAUUAAAUAUAUGAAAAUAAUCAUAAUAUAACAUAAUCACAAUCUUAGAGCUAUUUUUUCCCAGCAUAAGGUCUAUGCCUACUGGGGCCCAAUUGGAAGAUUAUGGGGGACAUAUUAUUAUUGACUGUGAAAGAUAAGGGUGUAUUUAAGUUUCAAGCAGAGUCGGUCAAGACUUCUUUAUUUUAUUGCUCUUCCACUUGGGGGACAUCAAACUUUUAAGUGCUUAUGUGGAGCUUAUUUGUCAAGAAAGCUUAAGAAACAGAAUUAUAGAGUUUGCCCUCUGAGGUGGGGUGGCCGUUUGACAUCUGACCCAAAAGCACAGGCGGCCAUACUCAAUCAGCAGUUCCAGUCUGUCUUUUGGUGAUGGUAGAGAGUACUCUGAGGCUGAGUUCCUUCUGAAGACCAACAUAAUGAACAGAGCCCACCCAGUCAUGGAAGAUAUCCAGAUAUCAGAGCAGGGUGUGCUUGCCCUCCUCAAAACUUUUAACCCCUACAAAGCAUGUGGUCCUGACAACAUCAAACCAUGAGUGUUCAAAGAAUUAGCCAAAGAAAUCGCUCCUGCACUGACAAUCCUCUUCCAAUCAUUACAAUGCACAAGCUAUGUUCCAGCAGACUGGAGAAUAGCGCAUGUCACUUCAAUCUACAAGAAAGGGGAGCAUUCCAACCCUGCCAACUAUCGUCCGAUAUCCCUCACCAGCGUGGUAUGCAAAGUGUUGGAGCACAUAAUCUUAAGUGCAGUCUUGAAGCAUCUUGAAAGCCAAAAUAUACUCACUGACUGUCAACAAGGCUUCCCAGUCAAUAGAUCAUGUGAAACGCAGCUCCUUGAAUUUGUUGAAGACUUGAUGACCAAUCUGGACCAAGCAAACUAACAUGCUGGUUAUGGACUUCUCAAAUGCAUUUGACCUUGUCAAUCAUGCGUUACUUUUACACAAACUUCAGAGAUAUGGGAUCCAAGGCACUACUAAAACAUGGAUCUCUAGCUUCCUCAGCAACCAAUGCCAGGCAUUAGUGGUGGACAGUACAAGCUCCUCCUUUGUCGUGUUAAGUCAGGGGUUCCCCAAGGCUCGGUGCAAGGUCCCUGUUUGUUCCUAGCAUACAUCAAUUACCUACCUGAGAAACUGACAUCCUAAGUAAGACUGUUUGCAGAUGACACGUUGGUGUAUAGGACGAUCGCUAACAGAUCUGACCAAGACCAGCUACAACAGGAUCUCAAUCGUUUAGCUGAGUGGAAGAUGAGCUGGGACAUGGAAUUUCAUCCUGCCAAGUGCCAGACACUGUCAAUCUCAAGAAGUUGUAGUCCUCUACACUACCAAUAUGAACUGCAUGGCCAUAUACUUGAGCCAGUUUCCUCCGUAAAGUACCUCAGCAUUACCAUUCAAAGAGAGGUCUGGCAGAUUAACAAUGUGUGCAACCAGACAAACAAGACACUACGGUUCUUAAUGCGAAAUCUUAAGAUCAGCAACUCCAGUGUGAAAGAAAAAGCCUAUAAAGCCUUUGUCCUGCUACUUUUAGAUUAUGCAUCUUUCGUCUGGGACCCAUUUAGCCAGAAGAGCAUCGACAGGUUGGGGCAGUCCAGUGACAGGAAGCCCGCUUUGUCCUAAACCGCUACAGGAAUACCUCUAAUGUUGGCAGCAUGCUGGAAACACUAGGCUGGUCACCGUUGGAGGAAAAACUAUCCAGGCUUUCCAUGAAGUACAAGAUAACAAUUGGGCUGGUCCACUGCUCCAGCAUUAAACAGAAACUCGUCCCUCUCCCCCAUUGACAAGGACGAGACCAUGAAAGGCAGUUCCAGCUCAUACCAGCAAGAAACCAGUUCAGGAACUGCUCAUUCCUGCCAAAGACAAUCAGGGAGUGGAACAAGCUUCCAAAAGGAACAUGUGAGGCGAAAAUACUUGAAACAUUUGCGUCUAUUGCCUCAGGCCUUCCAACCCCCACUGAGUAGCCCUUGCAACCAGUGAAAUAUCCUCCUCAACAUCCGGCACAGAAACUUGCAAAUCCCCUCUACGUGCAUAGGAGCCAGAUUGAUCAAUAAAUUGAUUGUGGUCCCUUUAUAUAUAGAAGAGAGUAGACCUAUGUGUAAACCACAUUUAUUAUUCUAGUUAGAGAAAAAGAAGUCAACGCUAACUGUAGACUAAAACAUUAAAAUCUCAGGCCGAGGGCCAUGGGAUAAAGGGGAGGGAUGAAGGGGAUCUCGAUCUCAGUAUCAACUUUAGAGGGUGCAAAAAUGUUCAGAUUUCAUGUAAAACACAUGUAUUAAAUAUAAUAAUUUCAGGCUGUCCCUGGGUACAUUUUACUUUGGGUUUUGAGGAGGUGGGGGUCUCAGAUAUUUGCAACAGGGAAAGGGGGGACUGAAAUUGUCAAAAAUAUCAUGACAUAUUUUAUUGAUGGCUCCUGUACGGGGGGGGGGGGUACUGCCUGAAAUGAGAACGCCACUUUCCAAAAAAUUGUAUUUAAUACACAUUUUACAUGAAAUUGGAACAUUUUUUCUAGCAUUGUCCUGCUCACUCCUAGAGAUGUACAAUGAGGCCAGAGUAUUUUGAAUUGACAAGUGUUGUAGCUAGUAGUAUGUCAAUAGACUCACUUCAUAGCUUGAUGUCAUACAAGUGUUAAUGCAAUAUGUGAUAUGCUAAGCGGCACAUAUGGAAACCGGCAGUGGUACAUGUGUCAUUAGUGGGCAUAAUAAUACUUGUUUUGAAAAAUUAUUCUCUGCAAAGCAGACAUUUGUUAAAAAGGUGUUAAUCUUAAUUAGUACUAGGGGAAGCUGCUGUAGCUAUCCUAUAAGCUAUUUUACUGGUACAGGAGUUUCUAAUAUCUUAUUUCAAACAUGGCAAACUUAAGAUACAUUGUUAUGUGUUUCCUUGAAAGAGUUGGUUACCUCAUUUCAAGCUACUGAAGAUUUGACAGCUCAGGAAAAAAUGGUAGUUACCAGAUGUCAGUUUCAUUGUGUAAACACUGACAAAGUCACAGAAACAAUAGACUGGGAUUUGGGUUGGGCUGGGGGAAGGAAGUAAAUAUAUGAAAAAAAAUCGCUUAUUUCUAAUUUAGCACAUAUUUGAUAAAAAUCCUGUAAAAGCAUACUUAUCCUUAAAAUGAUUUUAGGUUUAAAUCCAACACAUUAAUAGUAUAUUUAUUGAUACCGAUAAAGUGAUAUGCAGAGUAAUUGGGAAAGAAGGUGCAAAAUUGGUAAGAACAUUUCUGAUUGGAAAGGGGUACACAUAUUUCAAGAGUUAAUUUAAUAUGAGAGCAAAUUUGCCUGAUAAUUUUGAUAUUUUUAAAAAAUAUACUAGUAUAUUGUCUAUUAAAAAAUAUUACUUUAGAACCAUGUUUUUACUUCAAAUUUUUAUUUUCUCACAGAUGAGUUCACUGGUUUUGAUUCAAAAGUCUUGGAGGUAAGUUUACACAGAUUUUGACAUCCAGUAGCAUGUACCGGUAACUCAAUAAAAAAAAUAGUUAUUGAUGGGAUGCUUACUUGCACUUAAAACAAUACAAUUGGCCACCCAAUGGAAAUGAUUCAAAUUCAAAAUUGUUGUUGUGGGUGAGUUUACUUGAACUUAAAUCAAAUACAUUUAGCUGACCCAAAAAAUGAUAUACCAGGUAUAGAAGUUCAUAUUCAACAUUGUUGUGGUUAUGUUUGGAAUUAUAUUAUCUUCAAAAGAGAUAAACACAUUUUUAUUUCAGUACAAAAUGGUGGCUCAUAUGACUGGCAAUCUGGGGCGAAAGGCAACAAUAAGUGCUCUAGUAGUCACUGGCAAUGGAGCUGGUCUUGCAGGUCAGUGUCAAAAAGGUCAAAAUAAUUGUGGAUCAGCUAUUUGUCCUCUCAUUUAUGACUGACCUACGGUUGACUGUAUUCUGUCUUUGUGGCCAGGCCAAGUGGCUCUUAUGAGAACUAUGCAUUAUAAAAAUAUUAAGUGAAAUAUAAUUUACUUUAAUUGCUUUUAACUUUUAUAUGAAUGCAUUUUAAAUGUUCAAGAUAAAAUAUAGAAUUACAUGUACAAUUUACCAAUAAAAAUAAAAUCUGAUGUUGAACAUUCAACGUCUAGUGCUUGCAAAUUAGUUUUGCACAUUGAGAAAACCAACAAAGUAUCUCCUCAAGAAGACUUGCCAGAGUUGUCAUAAACUUCAGUGCUGUAGUUAAUUUGCUUGUUGUUAUGAAUGUGUGCAACAUAUUGCACUGUGCUAUGUAAGCAUGCAUAAAAGCAGGACAGUGUGAAGGGGCAAUUAGCAGGAAUGGGUUAUCUGAUCUAUAUACCCAAAUUUUCACAAAAUCCGAUGGAUACAAAAUUUGUUAUUAUUACAAAGUGUAUUUAUGGGUUUUUUAUUCAAGAGGAUACAAAAUUAAAGUCUCAUUUAAUCUGUAACCAAAUUAUUUUAUAAUUUUUAGGGAAGUGUAAAAAAACAUUUUGAUACAUAAAUUCUAUGAAAUAAUAAAAGAGCGAGUCGUUGUGUCUAUAUUCUAUAAGGUAGUACUUUCCUUGUGUCUGAUAAAUAUUCCUAGCACCAUUUAAAAAGCCUAUUUAUAAUUGAAAUGACUUUUCUAUUUACCAGGUUAUGCAGUAGCAAAAGCUCCUACUGGAAAAGCUGCAUUGAGAAAGGUGUGACGUGUAAUUUUAUACAGUCAUUUUCUAUUCAUUGUGUAGAAAAGUUAAAUGUUGUAGCAAUAAAUCCUUUAAUAGUUUAUUUUUGUUCCUUUUGAAAGCUUACACUUGUCCUAAAAGGAUCUAGUUUAAGAAUAUAACUUAGAGAUUAAUCUGCGCUAUGUAAAUCAUUUACAUGCUGAUUUUCCCGAAUUGUGUCAAAACUUUCCUAAAAAUCAUUCACAGGCAAAAAAUAAGGCAGCUCAGAGAUUACAAUAUUUUGAAAGAUACAAUGAUCAUACAGGCAAGUAUUACAUUUAUUUACCAUUUCCGAAUUGUUCUUUCCCCACCAGAUAUGAUAUAUUUUCAGCGCAUUUUCUUUUAAAAGAUUUUGCUAUGGACAGAAAUUUUCAGGCCUGGAAAAAACUCAGCAUUUGGGCUACUGGCCCAAAAAAUUAAACAACAUACCGUCAGACAAAUCUGUUACUUCAUUAUUUGACAUUUCUAAUUUGGCCUCUAGGCCUUGAAAAUUGCUUCUGGCUUUUCCUCUCUGUCGGCUGCCUUGGUAGUACAUAGAGAUUUUAUUUUAAUGUGUUUUUUCUUCAGUUGUUGCUUACCUUGAUAUAUUUUUAAGCACAUAAUAUUUAGGGGAUCAACUCAGCCAAUUACCCCUGGUAAAAUGCACAGCAAAAAAGUGAUAUUUGUUGCUAAUAGUAUAACUAUUUUUUAUUUUAUUAAACCAAAUUUACCCUUAUUACACCUGCAAAUGAGUUAUUGACAAAUUUCAAUUCUAAAUACUCACAACUGGAAUGUGGCAGCAAAUUAGCUGAAAAUCAGUUAAAUUUUAUGUUAUUGUCAGUUUUCAUAUAAAAAAAAAAACAAAAAAAAACAACAAAAAACGAGGGCUAAUGACAUUGUUAUUCCUUGAGGCAAGUGAUUUCAGCCAAUGAUUUCAGCAAAAAUUCAACUGAGGUCAUACAUAUAUUCAUUGAAGCUUUAUUUAUAAUCUUUGGCAAUUAAAUGAACUAACUUUUGAUGGUACCACAGAGUUAAAGGUUUAAAGUUUUAAUGACUUUGAAAUUCUCCACAGUAUUUCAUAAUUUUGCUGUGACAGAAGGAAAGACAACAUUAUUUGUACAGAAAAAAUCAAAAGGUAAAUUAUUGUUAACCAGUGUUUUGUCAUGCAACAACCUGCUGUGUACCCAAAUUCUUAGAAAGGUGCUUUGUACCAAAAUGAUAUAACCGACAGCCAGUGCUCGACUACGACCACGAUCGGUUCCGAAAGACUGGUUGUAAGUUGAGUACACUGUGUACAGUUAUGUGAAGUGAUGUUAUAAAAAUAUUUCAGUUAAAUCAUAUCAUACAUUUCUUUUAUUAUUGUUAUAAAUCAUAAUGGGAGAUGGGAGUUCAAUUUUUUAAACUCUGAAGAGCUCUCCAAUCAACAAGGUUUAGCAGGGCUUGGGGAAUUCAAUGGACCUAGGAUUAUUGAUUGAUGACUCCGGCUAGCAGCAUAGCAUCAUCACAGCAUCAUGCCUCCCUUUCCUUAGUUAACGACCGCCGAUGAUUGCAGACAACGCAGUUCGACCGAUCACUGAGGCAGAAAUAAAUAUGAAAUCUAACUACUAUGGCUAGUGAUUGUGGUCGUAAAGUCGAAUGGUCGUAAGUUGCAUAGGUUGUCCAGCACUGGCUGUACAUAGCUAAACAUUAAAAAAUCUGGAAACUAGAACAGCUCAUACUUAGUUUAUAACUAAUUUUUAUAGAAACAAAUUUUUUUGUAAUUAUAUUAUUGUUUAUAUUUAUAGGAUAUUCAGUUGAGUGUAAUAUUUACUUUUUAGGGUCCAGACUAAUCUAUGCAAAUAUUGAUUAAGAUUUUAAAAAUGUAUCACCGUCUUUGAAGUUAUCUUUUAAGAUUUAAAAUAUUGGAUUCAGGUCAUGGAGUGAUCUCCCAUCGUGUGAUAAAGACAAUGUGUGAAAUCAUUGGUAUCAAAGACUUGUAUGUUAAAACUGAAGGGCGAACAGGCAAUAUCCAAAAUGUGACGAAGGCAUUCUUCAGGGGUCUAAUGGAGCAGGUAAAACUAUAGGACAUAUAUUUGAUUUAUUUCUUUGAUCAGCUGAUGAGGCAUUGCUUAUGAAAAAUUUCAUUUUUUUAAACAUGUAAUUCUACACCUGUUGAAUGGACAUGUAUAAAUGUAAACAUUUUUAAAAUUGACAGUCAUUUGAAUGACAAUAAGAGACACUACUGCAAUGUCUGAAUGUUUACCCAACAGGAAACUCACCAGCAGCUGGCAGAUAGGAUGGGAUUAAAUGUUGUGGAGUACCGAGCAGAAAUGGAAAACAUUCCCAUCCCCGUGGCCACCCCAAGCCAAGGGUUCUCUAGGCCUGACGCAUUAAAGGAAGAGGCUUUUGACUUUGAUAACUUGUACUACAAAGAUGGGAGGGUGAGUUGAUUGCAAGUACAUCACAUUAUUGCUACAUGUGCUGGGCUCUAAGAAGUAAAAGUGGACUUUUAAAAAAAAAAUGUGUUUCAUGCAUUAGGAAUAUGUAUCAAACGCAAGAAAUUAGAAUGAAUUAUUUUGAAAGGUUUCUACUUAGACUGUAGUGAAUUAAAAUUUGUCCUGUUUUUAUUCAGCAAAUUCAUUCUAUUGUUCAUCAUGUUAAUUACCAACAGUGUUGUGGUAGUUGCUCAAUAAUGUGUAAACAUUUCAUUUCAGAUUCCCCUCAAGAAGUAUGUUGAUCCAAAUAUGAAAUUCAAGUUACCUUCAACCUUGAAACAUUUUCAAUUGGAGAACAGAUACCGCAACCAGAGGGAGGCAAGAUUGCUGAGAAUCGUUCAUGGCCUUGAGCCAACACUGGAGGAACUCAAAAUAAGGCAAAAGCCUUUGAAAUAAAAAAAAGUGUCCACACCGUGUGCCGUACUCAUAAAGAUUUAAAUUUUAUAUAUUUAAACUUAAUAUGUAUUGUGGUUGAUGCUAGGAGUUCUGCCUCCUGUCCUGAAUGAAAUGUUUAAUUCUAGCCAUCAUGAUUCAAUGCAAACGGUCAAACAAGAGUUAGCGCUGCCAAAUUCAUAAACCAUAAUGUGGAGUAAACGUGGCACAUACAUGCAAGUACUUUCAUAAAAUAAUUAUUGAUGUUCAAAUAUUUCAUCUGAAGUGGACUGCAUUAACAUAAAUGAUAAUUUGACUUGUUAAUUCUCUUUUCUGGCACAAUUCUGAUAUGCAAGUAACUACUGGUACUGCUACUCUGUGGUGUUACAAUAAGUUACUGUGAUUUGUUUAAUUUGAAAUUGGUUUGAAGAGCUCCAAUAAAAUUUUACAAUAUGACAGGCAUGGUACCAAAAAAACUUGAUAAUAAUAGCUUCUUUGAGUUGUUAUCUUAUUUAGUUACUGAUGUUUGAUUUAUUGUGGAUGAAGAUAAAAAAACAGAAGCUCAUCACCAUGAAUUUAUACAGACAUUGCUUGAUCAAAUUUCUUGAAACUUUGACUCUGCAGUCCUGCUUGAAGUGCUUAAAUGUUGUGUUGCUCUCAGUAAGUUGCUGUCACUGUUUUGUGCCAUGAUUACAGCACUAAGAUUGUAUUUAUGUAUAGGAAAAUACCACAGAAACAAGUCUGAAUUUGAUUUGUGAUGAUCUGGCACAGGGAUGCCACUUUUCCAGAUUAUCCCAGAAUUCCAGAUUCGUGAGGCUAAAUAUUUUUCAGCUCCGGAUUCGCGAGUUUUUAUUUUCUCUCGCUCCGGAUUUCUCAGUUCAGUUUAUUUAAAUGCAGAUUCUGGGUUUAAAAAAAAAAUAAAAGUGUAAGAAUGUGCGAAAGCCUAUUCACAGAGAGUGGGUUCGCUAUUAUAAAUAGAACAUCUACUGCAACCUCUCGCUUUUGUUUGCAAGCCUCUGGCUUUGGUUUGUUUUUUCUAGUGUAUGGAUUUUAUGAGUUGCGUUAAGUUUCAGGGUUUAAAAAAUUUGUAAAUGAAGUUUCAGGUUUCAAGAAAUUUUUAGAAAGGGAUUUCAGAGUUCACAGCUUUCAGUGAGAGGCACCUCUGAUCUGGCAGUAUUUCAUUAUCCACAAGUCUACUAGUGUAUGUCUGGAAGUAAAUUUAUUGUCUACAUCUACAGCCCUGGUUAGAGCCUCAGAGGUGGGUGUGGUUUUCUGCAAAAGAUGAAGUUGUAUUGGUGGUCAGCUUUAGUGCAUGUUGGAUGUGUGACUUACCGUAUGCUCCAAAACAAGCAGUACUGAAACUCCUGCAUCUUGGUUGUGUGUGCAUCAAGGGUGCAUAGCUCCAGGUUCCAUGUUACCAUAGAAGUGAAAAGGAUUAUAUGUUGGGCAGUUUUGGUGGAAGUCAGUCUUUUGAUGGAGGAAAGAAGUUUUCAUAAUUUAUCAAUAUUUUCGCUUAUGUGUUAGUGAACGUCAAGGUGACUGUGUUUGAAAAAAGAUGGAAGAACAAUUCCGAAAGAGAUAAAAAAAAAAGAUGGCAACAAGUAAUCUGUCAAUGUUAGGAGAAAGUCUGAUCGACCUCUGUCGUAGAACACUCACUCUAAUAAAAAUCUGGAUCUUGUACACCAUAGCCAGAGAUUUCCACCAUGGAUCAACCUGAAACACAUUUCUGCCUUUUUCUGAAUGUAUCAACAAUUUGAUGAGAAGAAUUAAACCUCAGUGUUUGCAAGAAAUGAUAGAUGAUGAACAUCACUUAUUGAUUAGUUAUGUUGUAUUAAUUUAUGGAAAUGUACAAAUAAAACAUAUUUUGGACCCAUCUCCGGGUUGUAUUAAAUUUAAAAAAAAUAUGUUCUUUUAAUCUAUUAAAAACAUACAAUUAAUAUUUGAAGA